CGCGCAGCCAAACAGUCAUAGUCAUUUCGUGGUCGUGGAUAACGUCAGAUUGGCGAGCAUUAGACAUGGUAACUGGGUUGCCCGUUGUGCACUUGAUCGUUGUCGUGGUUGUGUUUCUGGUUGUGGUCGUCGUCCAUCCCGCGGGGGCCAUCGACUUUGGCUAUCAUCCGAGUGCCGAAGAGUUCGACAGCCUGGUGCGCCAAGGGUGGGGUCGCGAUCUCCUCCAGCGUCGCGCCCAAGAUCGCCGUUUUGUGCCGCGCUACCAGCAUCAGACCUCUAUUCGAUUCGAGCCGCCAGAGCUGGAUUUCCAGCUGUUCGAUGAGGAUCAGCAGCAGGCGCCGUCCCAGCCAUAUGUCUUUGAGUCUGUGGAGGAUAACCAAUCGGGAUCCACCAUAUCCGAUCAGUUUCAUGUGCAGAGCGAGCUGCUGGAGAUCAAGGAGCCGAAUCUUUCGCACAAGCCCCAAACGAAGCCGCAGUCAGCCGGCAAUGGCACCACGUUUCCCAUAUACUUCACCCAUCCAACCACCGGCAUUGUCUACGCCAUUAGCCAAGUGGGAGUGGGUCAGAGUCCCAGUCUGGUGCCCACCCAAAGUCGCAACGAUAGCAAUACCAUUGCCAUCUAUGUGUCAAAGGCGCAGUACGAUGCCGAUAUGGAGAGACUGCGGCGGCAAUAUGAACAGCAAUGCCAGUCGAUUCCGCCGGGUACGGUCAUAUCCACGCUGAAUCCAGUGCAUCAUGGUGGCACCACCGCCAGGCCGCAGAUCAUUCGACUGAAGAAGCCCAAGAAACCAAUGACCAGGCCCAGUAACAAGUUACCCAAUCCAAAUUAUCGACCACCGCCUGUGAUGGUGACCAGCGGACCCAUCGACCAUGUUUCCGAUCAGCUGCUCAAGCUGCCCCACCGCACGGGCAGCACCACAAGCAGCACAACCACCAGCACCACCAGCACCACUUCAAGGCCAAACACGCGUAGAAAGAAGCGCAAGAAGAAACCAAAGAACAAGACUAAAGUGAUCAAAAAGAGGCCGGGCUAUGGGACAAAUAAUACUAGGAGGCCGCAGGGCUCCUUGCCCAUCAUCCUGGGCAAGAGACCUACCACCACCACCACCACCACCACCACUACGCGACCACCGCCGGCUUAUACGCAACUGGAGAAACCACAUAUGCCCCAUGCCACACUGGCCACUUCAAAUGUCUUCAGCCAGAAUCUGCUGAGAAGCGGCCCAGCGCCGCCGGAAGAAAGUGAAACCCUGGAAGAACAGGGACCGCUUCAAGUGGAUGAGCCACUGAAUCUCAGAACCCGCCGUUCGGUGGAAGACAUGCCCGGGCCGGAAACCACUUCAGAACCACUUCAGCCAAAAAGGAAUACCUCCUUAAAGGCACUGAUAAAAAAGAGAGUUCUGAAAAGUGCUGUUAGGAGAUUUAGGGUAAAUAAGGAACAAUUACUGCCAAAAGCAGGUACCUUGAAGAACCAGGACGAAAUGGACGCUUCUGGAACACCACGCCUCAGAACUCGUCGCGCUUUGGGUAGCCUUAAAAAUGGUGGAAUAGGGAAAUCUCAAGGACCGGAGGGAGCUGAAAAAGAGGUCACAGCUGAAUCUACAAAAGGAUCCCAGAAAGUCGUAUCUAAGAAGUCCAAGACAAUAUUAUCCAGAGGAUCCCCGCAUGGAGUAGCAGCUCGACGGGUGAGUACUCCCAAAAGACGCUCACCGAAGGGAAGUUCCAGAAGGCGGCAGACCAAGCAGCAGACACCACCAUCCACGCAGAAGAAAGAUGCGAGCUCGGGUGGCGUACUGCACAUACCCAGCGCCGUGCAUCUGCUCCACAGAAAUCACAGUCGGGAUGAAGCACCCAAAGCUCCAAUGAAGGCCAAUCAAAAACAGGAACAGAAAAUUAAGGAACGCAAGCGCGGAAGACCCGAGCUGCCCAGUUUUGAUAUAUUCGAGCUCAUAUCCGAUGACGACUACGAGGAUGAGGGGGAGGAGGAGGAUGAAGACUACUAUUUCGAGGACGAGCACAAGAAUGAGCAUAAAAGGAAGCCCGAUGCAAGCAGCAGCACAGAAAUAGCCCACAGUGAUCUCAAAGAAGAUAGCAGCUCCGCGGAGGAGGGCGCUGACUUUGGAGCUAUGGUAGCGGAGGAAACCACGACCACAGCGACCAUAUCGAGCAGCGAGGAGGAGGAUGCCAUCUACAGCACCAAAAACUCCAUGGUCAAAAAGCAGAUUCGCAUCAAGAGGCGACCAGUGGACUCCGAUGAGGAUUACGACGAUGAUGAGGACUCCGGAAUUGGCGGCUUCUUUCGCAUGAUCUUUUACCCCGUCCAAGUGGCCAUGUCGCGGCUCAUGGAUGGCUUCGGCAGUCCCGACGAGGAGGAGGACAAGGACCCAGUCAGUCCGCCCGUAUCGAAGUACCCCAGCUACACCCUCUAUCACAGCGCCCACAGCAAUGAAGCCUAUGCCGAGCCGGAUGAUGUGGAUUCCGAGGAUGAAGAAGACUCCUCCACGCUGGGCAGCUGGCUGGGCUCCUGGUUUGGUCUGCAGCGACGCACCAAGAAGAUCGGCAGCACCACCACCACCAUGCCAGUGCCAUUGCCCACGCCCACCAAGGCGCCACCCAGUUGGCUGGAGUCCUGGUUCGGAUUCGGCUCGACCACGGAGGCGGAUGCGGAAGAUGACUACGACAAAUGGUUUUCCAGCUGGUUCGAUUCGCGGCCAAAGCGAAAGGUUAGACGUCGUUCCACCACCUCCACGUCGACCACCUCGACGACGACAACGACGCACACACCAUCGGCGGCGGCCCAAGUGCCCAUCCUGACCAUCGUGGACCCACUAAGGAAUCCACAGAACUGGAUUGGCAUACUGGCCCACCACAUUGUCAAUUCCACAGGCAGCGCCAUCUCCACGAGCACCAGUAAUCCGCUCCUCCAGGCACUGGCCACUCGAAUGACCACCAGGGGAACCACCAGCACCACAACCACUACUUCGCGGCCGGAGAUCCCCAGGCGCAUUAGCUAUGACAAGUACCAGAUCUGGCGUCUAAAGCCGCAGGAUGAGGAGCAGGUUCGUGCGCUGGAGGAGUUCAAAAAGGGCGAUGACGGCGUUAAGUUGCACUGGCUCAAGGGUCCCAGUCUCAGAGGUCUUACGGAUGUUCUGGUGCCACCCAAGAUGCUCGUGGACUUUCAGGGCACUCUUAACUACGAGGGCAUAGCGCACGAAGUGCUCAUUUUCGAUGUGGGCAAGGCCAUCGCCUACGAACUGACCAAAGAGGAUUACCUUCAAACCACUCGUCCCUCGAAGCCGCGACCGACGGUACCACCGCCCAUGACAUGGACUCGUUACCACAAUCACGAUGAGAUUGUCAAGUAUCUGGAGACGCUGCGCAUGCGUCACCCGCAGCUCGUAGAGCUCAUCCACAUCGGUCGUUCCUUUGAGGGUCGACCCCUAAUUGUGGUGAAGAUCGAAUCCAAGCAAGCGACGGCGGCGGCGUACCACGAGGGUAUGCACACCACCAAGCGACCCAAGCGGAAGCGGAAGUCGGGCCAGGCUAAUGCCGUGUUCGUCGAGGCUGGUGCUCAGGGAUUGGCCUGGAUUGGACCCGCGACGGCCACCUGGAUGAUUGCCGAAUUGCUGCGACUAAUGAAAACAAACAAAAGCAACGUGGACGUGGAGUUCAUCCGGAACACCACCUGGUACAUAAUGCCGGUCCUGAAUCCGGACGGAUAUGCAUACAGCCACGAGUACGAUCGGUUCUGGAAGAAGUCGCGAUCGCAGCACCAGGCGCCGCCUCCCAGUGGGCUUCUCGACUCGGCGAUGACGUGGCUCCAGCAAAAACGGGGUCCGGAUAAGGUUUGCUACGGCGUGGAUCUGGACAGGAACUGGCUGUAUCAUUGGGGCAAAAGGGGCAGCUCCAAGGCGCCCUGCAACGAGUUCUACGCGGGCCCAGCGCCAUUUUCCGAACCGGAAACCAAGGCAGUCUCUGAAUUCCUCAUGGAUUAUAGGACGCAGAUAAAGAUGUACAUUUCCCUACAGGCCUAUGGGCAGGUCAUAUCCUAUCCGGUCAAGGCCAAUUCAACAUUCAAUUCAGAAAGAUUGGACGAUUUUCUGGACGUGGCGAUGGUGGGCACCGAUGGAUUGCGCAAAAAGGGCAGUAAAUCCCGAUAUAAGGUCGACGCAUCCAACGAUCUCAUUGAACAGCGAUCGGGCUGCGCGGACGCAUUUGCUGCCUACGAGAUCGGGAUACCCUUCAGCUACACGAUUCAGCUGGCGGACAACGGAGUGCACGGCUAUCUGCUGCCCAGCAGCGCCAUCGAGCCCACGGCUCGGGAUGCCUUCGAGAUCAUAAGCGGUAUGCUGGACUACAUAUGAGGCUGGCGAUCGGGGAUCGGAUUCCAAUCGAAAUCGAGGGCAGCAGGGAUUUGGGGUGGGGCUACAUGUGAAAGAGUUUUAGUUCAUUUUAAACGAGCUUUGGUGGCUUGCGUUCCGGAGAUCACUUGCCACAUU